AUGUCUCAUUUUGUAGAACCAUUGGGAGGAAAAAAGUGUGAAAAAGUUGCUUCAAAACCCCAUGAUGUUGGCACUUCAGCAAUGGCUGGUGCCUCAACAUCAGAUAUGUCGAUUUUUAGUAAUGAUGUUGUUUCAAAACCCCAUGAUGUUGGCACUUCAGCAAUGGCUGCAAUGGCUGGUACCUCGACAUCAGAUAUGUUGAUUUCUAAUGAUGAUGUUAUUCUCACGGAAGAAGACUUUAAUCCUAUGUGGAUCAAGUCUGUAGAGCAAGAAAUACGUGAAGAGUUUUAUGAAAAACGAAUCAGAGAAUCAAGUAAUUUUAUUGAGUUUCUAAUCAAGCAGCGCAAUGAAAUUUGGAUGCAACAUCAAGAAUUGAAAAAGAAUAUAGAUUCACAACAUAAUAAGGAUUUACUGCAAAUUACAUUGCUAAAAGAAGAAUUACAACAAAUGCGUUACGAGAAUGACAUACUAAAAGCUGAAAAAAGAUUACUGAACCAUAAAAUCUAUACAUUAGAAAAAAAUUUUAAAUGA